CUUUCUAACCUCCCCCCUUACCCGGCUUCGGAUUAAAGAUGGCGGAUAGGAGUGAGACAGCAGGAGGCGAACGGUUGGGGGAGGAUGAAAAUGGACACGGACAUUGCAGCGACUGCGAGAAUGAGGAGAAGCACAGCAUUAACCGGGGAGUGGGCGAUGACACUGGAGUCAAGAAAAAGAAGAAACAGAAACGCAAGAAAGACAAGGCUGGAGAUACAUUGGAUACUACUGAUCCUCCGGUGAACACACUCCCUGCUGAAAAGAUCCAGGAGAUCCAGAAGGCCAUUGAGUUGUUUUCUGUAGGACAGGGCCCAGCCAAGACUAUGGAAGAGGCUAGCAAACGAAGCUACCAGUUCUGGGACACACAACCUGUGCCCAAGCUAGGAGAAGUGGUGAGCACACAUGGGCCCAUUGAACCAGACAAGGACAAUAUCCGCCAGGAGCCGUACAGUCUUCCACAGGGUUUCACCUGGGACGCUCUGGAUUUGGGUGAUAGUGCAGUGCUGAAAGAGCUCUACACUUUACUCAAUGAGAACUAUGUGGAGGAUGAUGACAAUAUGUUCCGUUUUGACUACUCCCCGGAGUUCCUAUUGUGGGCACUGAGACCUCCUGGAUGGCUGCCACAGUGGCAUUGUGGGGUGAGAGUAUUUCCAGCAAAAAACUAGUGGGAUUUAUCAGCGCCCAUCCCAGCUUUCAUGAAAAUCUAUGACCUCACCAAGAAAAUGGUGGAGAUCAACUUCCUUUGUGUACAUAAAAAGUUGCGCUCUAAGAGUGCUCCAGUUCUAAUUCGAGAAAUCACACGUCGAGUCAACAUGGAGGGGAUCUUCCAGGCAGUCUACACAGCAGGCGUAGUUUUACCCAAGCCAGUAGCCACAUGCAGGUACUGGCACAGAUCGCUAAAUCCUCGCAAGUUGAUAGAGGUAAAAUUCUCUCACCUGAGCCGCAACAUGACCAUGCAGAGGACUAUGAAGUUAUAUCGACUGCCUGAGGCCCCUAAAACUGCUGGUCUGAAGCCCAUGGAACUCUGUCACAUCCCAGCGGUGCACAAGCUUCUAGCCAGUUACCUUUCCCAGUUCAAUCUGGCUCCAGCUAUGAGUGAAGAGGAGGUUGAGCACUGGCUGCUUCCACAGGAGAACAUCAUAGACACCUUUAUUGUGGAGACUCCCAAAGGAGAAAUAACAGACUUCCUAAGCUUUUACACGUUGCCCUCAACCAUCAUGAAUCAUCCCACACACAAGAGCCUGAAAGCGGCAUACUCCUUCUACAAUGUUCACACCAAGACGCCUCUUGUUGACCUCAUGAAUGAUGCUCUCGUAUUGGCUAAGUCUAAAGGAUUUGAUGUUUUCAAUGCUCUGGAUCUUAUGGAGAACAAAACCUUCCUCGAGAAGCUGAAAUUUGGGAUAGGAGAUGGGAAUCUUCAGUAUUACUUGUAUAAUUGGAAGUGUCCCAGCAUGGGCCCUGAGAAGGUUGGUCUGGUUUUACAGUAAAUGCCUGCAACCCCUAUAUCUGAUUGGGGGGGGACAGGGUGUAUAAUGGGCCACCAGCUGCUCAUGAUGCCUGAGGUUGGACACUCAAGAAAGCAGCCCCAAGAAGGAGUGCAGUAUUUGUCGGCGCCGCUCUUGAACGCAUCAUGCUGAUGUAAUAUGGGAGGGAGUCUUCAGGUUCAUGGAAGUGCAAAGUAGGGAGCUUCCUCUAGCCUGGCUUGACUUAAGGAUAUUUCAGGGUUUUCUCUACUCCCUUCCCACUGCUGUGAAUAUGAAACUGCGACCACUCUUCCUUUCCUGCUGCCACCCGAAAUGAAACGGAGUUGUGGCUGAAUAUUAAAGUAUAUAUUAUAUAUAUCUG